UCUCUCUCCGCCUUUGUUCCUAUUAUAAGACAGGAUUCAAACCACAAAUUAAUCUCCGUGCUCUCUCUCUCUCUCUCUCUCUCACGUACACACUCGCUCACACACGCAGAGGGUUGUCACUCCCUUUUCCAAUUCAUUUCUCUUCUUGUUUCAUUUGAGAAGCGUAAUUCAUUGAACAGUAAGUGGGUAUAGUGAUAUGGCUCUGAAUUUGCUCUCCCCGGCAGAAAUCAAGUGUCUGUCCUUCUUGGACACCUCUAAAUCUAACUGCAACGUUAAUCUUCUCAAGCUUCAAGGUGGGUUUGCUUUGAAGAGGAAAGACAAUGGAGUAGUAUAUGGAAAGAGAAUUAAUUGUUCAGCACAGCCUCCUCCCCCGGCCUGGCCUGGGGCGGCUGUUGCUGAGCCAGGUCGUAAGACUUGGGAUGGCCCAAAGCCUAUCUCAGUUGUUGGGUCCACUGGCUCUAUUGGAACUCAGACAUUGGACAUAGUGGCAGAGAAUCCAGACAAGUUCAGAGUUGUGGCCCUCGCUGCUGGUUCAAAUGUGACUCUCCUUGCUGAUCAGGUCAAGACAUUCAAACCUCAAUUAGUUGCUGUAAGAAAUGAGUCAUUAGUUGCUGAACUCAAAGAGGCUUUGGCGGAUGCUGAAUACAAGCCUGAAAUUAUUCCCGGAGAGCAGGGUGUCAUUGAGGUUGCCCGCCACCCGGAUGCUGUGACUGCAGUUACUGGAAUAGUUGGUUGUGCAGGAUUGAAGCCUACAGUAGCAGCCAUAGAAGCAGGGAAAGACAUAGCCUUGGCUAACAAAGAGACCUUAAUUGCCGGUGGUCCGUUUGUACUUCCUCUUGCUCAUAAGCAUAGAGUAAAGAUUCUUCCUGCUGACUCCGAACAUUCUGCAAUAUUCCAGUGUAUUCAAGGCUUGCCAGAGGGUGCUCUUAGGCGCAUUAUUUUAACUGCGUCUGGAGGGGCUUUUAGGGAUUUGCCUGUUGAUAAACUGGGAGAAGUUAAAGUAGCAGAUGCUUUGAAGCACCCAAACUGGAAUAUGGGCAAAAAAAUUACUGUCGACUCUGCUACCCUUUUCAAUAAGGGUCUAGAAGUUAUUGAAGCUCACUAUCUCUUUGGGGCUGAAUAUAAUGAUAUAGAGAUUGUUAUUCACCCCCAAUCUAUCAUUCACUCAAUGGUUGAAACACAGGAUUCAUCUGUCCUUGCACAGUUGGGAUGGCCCGACAUGCGCUUGCCAAUCCUCUAUACAUUAUCCUGGCCUGACAGAAUUUACUGUUCUGAGAUUACUUGGCCCCGCCUUGAUCUUUGCACGCUUGGGUCGCUGACAUUUAAAACUCCUGACAAUGUGAAAUACCCAUCCAUGGAUUUGGCUUAUGCUGCUGGGCGAGCUGGAGGCACCAUGACUGGAGUUCUUAGUGCAGCUAAUGAGAAAGCUGUUGAAAUGUUUAUCAAUGAAAAGAUCGGCUACCUCGACAUUUUUAAAGUUGUGGAGCUAACAUGUGAUAAACAUCAGGCAGAGCUGGUGUCCUCGCCUUCCCUUGACGAAAUCAUACAUUAUGACUUGUGGGCACGAAAAUAUGCAGCCAGUUUGCAACCCUCAGCUGGUUUGAGUCCUGCUCUGGUAUGAGUCUAUGACACAUCACCUUAGGCUUGGAAAUGUUGCUUUGGGAGUUGUUGAAUGCAUUCCUCAACUGAGCAUUUUUGCUGAGUUAUGCAAAACAGGAAGCCAUUGUAUACAAUACUAGAAAAUAAGAAAUGUAAGCCUCUGUUUUUCGUCUAUAGACACGAUAACUUAUAGUUUAAUAGAAAGUAUGACCCUUAAUAAAAUAGAGUACGCUGGCUCAAUUUAUGAGCUUCUGCAGUGAAGAGAUCAACUUGAUCUAGAAAAUCGAACAAAAGCAAAGGGGGAGUAAAGAUACUAAAAAAAAAAAAAAAAUGGUGCAUUUUUACGUGGUAAUUAAUGCAAAAAGAGGAAGAUAAAUUAAACUGUGCAAUUUGUAGUGGAAAGCAGUUCAAAUUUUGGGGAUAGACUAUGUUUUUGUUGCCCGUGAUUUAAGCUGAGUGGGACUUUGCCCCCUCAUAUACUGGAAAAUAUCAGUUGACCCCAUUCUAAUUAUCGGAUUACUAAUCUGUAAAACUUGUCUUUCGUUUGCCAGUUGUUUAAUGCAUCAUCUUUUAGGUGUUUGUCUUGUCUUGCUUGGUGUUACAAGUUUAUUGUGGAGUCAUGUAUUGCCUACCACCCUUCUAAAGCAAGAGUUUAGUGGGAUUUACUAUGCCCACUUUCAAUGAAAUUUGGUGGGAUGUUCUAUUACAAUUGCAUUGUUGCUCAAUUGUUUUUCUCUCUCUUUUUCUCUCUGUCACUGUCUCUCUCUGUCUCUCUCUCCUCCACCACAACAACAAACGAAAGAGUUGGAUUUCUCUUCUUUCAUGUAAAUGUGGAAUGACUAUUGAUUUCAAAAAAGAUUGUCUGUUUAUAGAAUAAGAAAUAGUAUUGAUAUGGUCCACUAUACAGGAUGAAAUGGCAUUCUGAU